UUGGGAAAUACCUGAACAUAGCCAAAUAACAAUCACGGUGUUCCAAUGUGAUGCGAUGAUAGUGGAUUAUGAGAUUUAAUUUACAUACCAAUAUUACGUUAUAAACAAAUAUCAUGGCAAUCCUAUCGAAAUUAAUUGAACAUUUGGUGCUGUAUAGAAUAUGAAAUAACCGUUUCUAAUUGAUAGCAUGACAGAAAUGCGAUACCUAACCUUAUAAUUUAUAGAGGUUAUGUUGUGAAAUAAAUAAUUUUGUACUAAGUUAUAAGGCUUUUUAAAGAAACUGUUUGCAGCAAACCUGAAAAAAUGUCGUAUUUAACGAGAAAGGAAAUAGACGAAAUGAAACCGCAAAUUGAAAAAGCGGUUCAUAAAUUUCUCGGUUUUGGAGAACCUGCUAUUGUUACCACUGCUGUCAAUUGUAUUACUUCUGGAUAUGAUAAACGCAAAACAGCAGAUAAAUUAUCUGCAUUGUUGGAAGACAAAAAGGCUUCAAAAUUAACUGAGAAAAUAUUUGCUAUAUACGAUGAUGCUAGAGCAGCACAGAAAAGUAAAAAACGUAAUCAUGUGGAAGAUAAAGAUAAAGAUAAAGAUGCAAAGAAGCCUAGAUUCAAAGACGAUGAGGUGAAAAAUGAAAAAACAACAGAGGCACAGCUCUCAGCAGACAAAAUAAGACAAAUGAUGGCUAAUGCCCAAAGAGAAAUUGAAGAAAGGAAAAGGGCAUUGAAAGCUAUAAAACAAGAAGAAUCAGCACCAGUUAAACCCUUAUUAAAAGCACGUGAUUCAUUACCAACAGUGGGUAGCAUGUAUAAUCAAGGUUUAUUAAGUAAAACAGAUUCGGACAAAGCACGAAAAAUUGCUGCUUUACAAGCUCAAAUUAGAAAUAAACUAAGUUCAGGGUUACUUGGUAACGUCAAUGUACCAGACAAACCAACUCCAUUGAUCUUAGAUGAGUCUGGAAGAACUGUAGAUAUAACUGGCAAAGAAGUACAACUUACUCAAGUAGUGCCAACGUUAAAAGCCAACAUUCGCGCAAAGAAACGCGAAGAAUUCAAAGCACAGUUACAAGAAUCUAAAGGCCCUGAAGAAAUUCAGGACACGCACUUUUUCGAUACCAGAAUAGGUGUGAAACCUGCGAUUCGAGGCAAGCGUACGUUGAAAUUCCACGAACCUGGAAAGUUCCAACAGUUGGCAGAAAGAAUUCGUAUGAAAGCCCAGUUGGAAAAAUUGCAAAAUGAAAUUAGUCAGAUAGCUAGAAAAACUGGUAUAAGUUCAGCGACAAAGUUAGCGCUCAUAGCGCCAAAAACUGAAGCUCUUAGCGAAGAUGUGCCUAAUGUAGAAUGGUGGGAUUCUGUUAUAUUAACAGGAGGGUAUUCAAAUGAAGAUGAACCUACAACUAUUAAAAAUUCUACUAUUACUAAUCUUGUUGAACAUCCUACACAAAUGCGACCGCCAACCGAUCCAUUGAAACCAAUAUACAUGCCCGUAUUUUUAACAAAGAAGGAACGUAAAAAAUUGCGUAGACAAAAUAGACGAGAGGCGUGGAAAGAGGAACAGGAGAAGAUUCGAUUAGGUCUUGAGCCGCCACCGGAACCAAAAUUGCGGAUUUCGAAUCUUAUGCGAGUAUUAGGUACAGAAGCCGUACAAGACCCCACUAAAAUCGAAGCCCAUGUCCGGCAACAAAUGGCUAAAAGAUUAAAGGCACACGAGGAUGCUAAUGCGGCUCGAAGGCUCACUGCUGAUCAACGACGUGAAAAGAAAGCGAGGAAACUUAAGGAAGACACUACGCUUGGUGUACACGUGGCCGUUUAUAGAAUACGUGAUCUCAUAAACAACGCUUCAAAGAAAUUCAAAGUGGAAACAAACGCGAAACAGCUUUACCUCACAGGCUGUGUAAUGCUCUUUCGGGAUUGUAACGUUGUUGUAGUAGAAGGAGGAGCAAAGCAAUUGAGUAAAUAUAAACGAUUGAUGAUGCAUCGCAUCAAAUGGGAGGAGGACAUCAUAAAAGACAAUGAUGGAAACGAUGUACCAAACAAAUGUGUACUCGUAUGGGAAGGUACUAGUAAACAACGUCAUUUCGGCGAGAUCAAAUUUAAGGUUUGCCCGAUCGAAAAAAUGGCUCGGGAGCACUUUAAGAAACACCAGGUCGAACAUUAUUGGGAUUUAGCAUACAGUGGGGCAGUUCUCGAUAACACGGACGAUGUUCAUUCUUAGAAUCGACUUCUGUAAUUUAAGCAAUAAAUGUUAACGCUAAAUACAAAUGAAACUAUAGAUAAUUUCAGUACGAUUUAAAAUAAGUGAUUGCUAUGAGAGCAUAGUAAGGAAAGUGGAAAUGUAAGCAGCGGCACAGGGAGCGAAAAUAAAAGUGCUCAAGGCCUCUGAAUAA